AUGAAACUGAUAUCAGGAGCAGUCGGUGGAGAAGUGGACGUGUGGUGUUCACAGACUCAGCAGAGGAUUGUGGGAUACUAUCAAGCCAAUGCCUGUGUGUCGGAUAGCAGCCCGACGCCGUGUGCGCUGAAGAUAGCUGAUAAGAUUUCGGAGCAGUUUGACAACGCAGUUCUGUUAAUGCUCGACGGCAGUAAGAUGUCUCCAGACUAUCGGGUUCCUCCCAUCGUGAUGUACGAGCGCAAAGACUCGAGAUGGAUGCUCAAAGACAAACACACGAUAAUGCUGAGAGAGUGGGAGGAGACUCGGGCCAUAGCCACUCAGCUGCUGGAGUCCGGCGAUCACACGCUAUUGGUGGAUUUUGACAGCCACUUGGACGACAUUACAAAGGACUGGACCAAUCAGAAACUUAACACCAAGAUAGCGGAACUCACCUCGCCGGCCAACGGCAGCAUGUAGAGCGACACAGUAGCAUCAGUUCGUAGACGCCACAUUUAUUUAUGUUCUGACUCGUGCACAGUUUUUACAACCACGACACACACAGAGUGUAAGAAUCCGUUUAUUUUUAAUGCAUUUUCCCAACUGGACAGGACAUAACGUAGAACAUGCAUAAAUAACAAUAUAUUUACAGUUUGGUAGAUCUCUUCCACCUCCCUCUCAACCCCCCUCCUCCUCAGAGUGUGCCUUUGUGGUUCAGCCCAACACCCGAUUUAAAUGGAAAAUUCACCUUAAACACAUUUUAACACUACUGCCAUGCACCUGUGGUAUUUCUGGUCCAAUGUUAUGCUCUGUUGCUGUAUUAUUGUCAUUCCUGUGUGCACUGUAAGCUCUCAGGGGGGCGGACUACAUACGAGAACUACCUUUUACAAUACUGAAGCCCUGCAGUAAAUACAAAUUUGUUGAAGCUUAAAAUGUUUGGUUUUUGGUCAGACUGUGAGAUAUUCAGGUUGAGGAUCACGAUUAAGGUUGUAGUUUGGGUUGUGCAGUAUGUAAACAUGCAUACAACUACAUUAUAGUGAGUUAAAAAACAUUUAUUAAAUGUCUUUAUUGUGCCUAAAACAGAUUAUGACACUUUUGUUUGCCACUUUGUAUGUCGCGUGUGUAGCUGCCUUUUCUAACCUCCAGUACAGUAUUCCCUGCCUGAACGGUGCAUUAGUGGCAAACUCGACAAACAUUAUGUACUUUUUAGAGAGGAAAUAACAGUGUUAACACACAAAUCUCGCAGGAAAUCACACCAAGCUACCACCUUUUAAAAAAAGAGUUGUAUAAAUGUCUCUGACAGCCCCCUAAAAACCAAAUAUUCUGAGUGUCAGCAGCCUGUAGAUACUACAAGACUUUUGUAUUGAAAUGUUGUGUACUUCAGUUUGCCCCUCACACAUACAAACUUUUAAAAUUGUCUACCGCAGUGUCAGAAUUUGGCGUAACUCUCUAAAACACUAAUCUAAACUAACAGUCUUGUAAAUAAGAUUAGUUUUCUCACAUAACAGUGGAGUAUAGAAAGAUUUCCUUUAAUGAUUCUGACUGAGCACUGCUUCAAGUCUCAUUAUCAUCACCAGACGACUAUCAACACACAUCUGUACAUGUAUCAAUGUCUGUGUUUAACCACAAAUGACUAACGUGAAAAGAAAUGACUAAUCUAAAGUUGGAUUUGAGUAGAUUAACAGGCAGCACAUUAAAAAAAAGAUACAUCUUUGCUCACUACUCUACUGGACUAUUAUUUGCAGCUUCAAGGACGACAAGUACAGCGCUGUACAGUUGCAGAGAGCAGUGGAUUCCAACCUGUUUAGUUUGUGACCCCAUUAAAAUAAAAAGCACCUUUGAGGCCCGUUACUGGCUGCAUAUGUUACACAUUUUCUGCCUAAACCCAUUCAGAAUCAUCCAGUAAUUCACAAAAAGAAAAGCAAAAGAUUCGAUAACUCUGCUUUCCUGUCUAAUAAAUCUAAUCUCGGCACA